AUGCUGAUCCGAUCGGCGGUCGGGCUCGACGCUCGGCCUGUCCGGCCCGCUGUCGCCAGCGAGCGCGCGGCACGCGAAGCGAACCGCGACGAUGUCAUCAUCGGUGAUUUCGCUGCCGCCGGCAGGGAUACGGACGAGGAGGACGACUUCGACACGUGGUAUUUCCAGCACGCUGGAGACGCCAGCAGGUUCUCAGCGGGGCUCGAAUCCGGUGGCCCCGAGAAGAAGGGGCCCGACCCUGAAGAGAAGUCGCGCGCCUCGGAAGCGUGGGACCACUGCCAUCAAGGAUACUUCUCCCACGGAGCAGCGCCACUCGAAAAUGGUGUCAUCGUUUACCUGGUGACCAGACAGUCAGAUCUGAAUAUGUGUUGUGACGGCUUGUCAAGACUUCGCUAUUUCAUAUUGAAGCAUUGGGCGUACGACGUGAAAGUGUUCGUCCCCAGUAAAGAGUUGCGCGAGUAUGAUCUUUCUAGCUUCGCAAGUUCCCCCUCCCGCGAACGAGUGAUGAAGGUUGCACAGGAAGUUUUGGGCAACGAUACCUAG